CUCCCUCAGCAGCUGAGCCGGAGAGAAGUCGGCGCUCCGGGUACCUGUCCCACCUGUACGUCCGUGGAAAACACCAUGAGAUACAAAGCUGAAGGCCCAGCUUGUUCUCCCGAGGCCGGGCUGACUGCGGAGCACGACCCGGGGACAGGCUCACCUGCUCCCGGUGCGACUGUUUGUAACAGCAGCGGACGGAAAAAAGGUGCGAAAUGCUCCAUUUAUGGGGGUAAGAAGGUCUACCUGGGGGUUCGCGUCAAAAUGCCGGUGAAGGAGCUGCUGAAGAACAUCCGAGUGGCCAAAGGCCUGCCGGGAGAAGACCUGAAGGAAAAGUGCAACAAAAAAGGAAAAGGUGACAUGAAGCGAGUCAAAACUCGCUUCAGAUGUUCAAAUAUGAAGGCACAACGCACCAAGAGCCUGGAGGAGCUGGCCAUCAUCAUCGAGGUGCUGGAGGAGGACCUGCGGACCUCCAGCACCUGCCCCUCCUCGCCACAGGACCCCCACCCGCCCAACUCCCCCGUGUCUCCUCAGCUGUCUCCAACCGCAGGGUACGGCUACGACGAGUACGAUGAAAUAAUCCCCAGUCCCGACUACCACUCGACCUGCUCGCCGGGCGCAGCCGAGCACCGCCAGGCGCCGUCCCCUCCCGGCUUCACCUACCCGGCCUUCCAGCCCCCCGGGGCGGGAGGCGUGGCGACCAGCCCCGAGGUCAAGGAGGAGUGGUUCGAUGCCCAGAGCAGCUCGGCCUUCUUCUGGACGCAGCUGCAGAGGGAGGAGAGCCAGCUGAGCGAGGUCUCCGACGCAGCGCUGCUCACUCCGGACGAGCACGGCAGGACCGCGCUGCAUAAAGUAGCGUGGGUUGGAAAGAGAGCGCUGGGCUACGCCAUCGCCAGGAGGAUGGCUGCGCUGUACAGCCUGGACCUGACGGACUGUGAUGGGAUGACGGCGCUUCUCUAUGCAGCGAAGCACAACCACCACCUGAUGGUGGCAGAUCUGAUCCAUCUGGGCGCCAACGUCAACCAGAUGAACAACGCUGGAAAGUCCUGCCUGCACCUCAGUGCUGAGAACGGCUACAUCCGAGUCCUGGAGGUUCUGAAGCAGGCCAUGAUGGACGGUGUGUAUGUCGACGUGGAAGCCGCUGAUAACGCAGGAAUGAGCGUCCUCCAGUGUGCCGCCGUGGCCCUGAAGACCACCGUGUCGGAGAUGGAGGGCAGCACGUCUCCCAGCCACAUCCGGGUCCACACGCUGCGGCAGGAGCAGAUGAUGGAGACCUUGGAGUGUCUGCUGCAGAUGGGCAGCUUCAUUCAUUCUGCAAGGAGGGGCGGCGGCUGCAGCCUCUAACCAGCCGGCAGCCCAGCACUGUUGCCCGGCAGGGCAUUUUGAAGACCCGACAGUAAUGUUCUGAGUUGGUUCAGACCUGAGUUUUGCCAAGAGGAGACGUUAAACUCCUCGUGAGCAAUGAGUUCAGGCCUGAUAUUAAAGCAUCCGAUGUUCUCUGUGGGGGAAAAUGCCUGACUUGCAAUCAGGCGUUUGUCACCCUCCACUCAGAAACACUGGGUGACCCAUUAGCUGGUUUCUGUGAAACUUCCAUUGUAUGUUACAUUCGAGUAGCAAGCCGUCCUCAGUAAGUGUGAACCCGGAGACCCCUCUGUACCUUCUAUGGUGAUAAUGCACAGGGAACGAAUUGCCAAAGUGCUCUCUUUGUACCUGUGGGUGAGGUUUGGUGACGCAUGAUGCCACGUAGCACCUGCCAGGGUGGAUGGAGGAUCUGUAUCGACCCCAUACCCGAUACUGUUAUCUCUAUCUUCUGUCAUCUCUAUUAAUAUGUAGCGUAACAAUGAGCACAUCAGGGUUUAGGUUCAUAUCUUUUAACCAGCUGUGUGCGGUGUUGUAUGGAACACUGAUCAAACUGACAUCUGAGACUUUUAAAACUUAUAUAAUAAUCCCUAAUUAUGAUGAGUCAAGAACAAAUUCCAGUUGCAUGUUGUGGUCCUUAUUACUUUUCCCUCAGUACAGUCUGACUGAGCCAGAUGGAUUGAUUACUCUCUUUCUUUCAUUGACAAGUGACGGAAAACAUUUAAAUCUUUUAUCUUUUAUCUUCUCAUGAUAAAACUUUCACUGGUGCCAGUGUCUACAGGAGCGGCUUUAAAGGAAUACUCCACCCAAAAAACGAUUUGGCCU